AUGUCUAAUCACGGAAACACUACAGGAGUCAAUGAAGGACCCUCAUCCUUCGAGUCAGCCAGCACUGGAAGUUCUGUUGCCCACUCAACAUCUGAGACCCAUUCAAAGAACAACGCCAGCUCUUAUGAGACAUUCGCCGAUCUCCCUGUUCAUCGUCAAAUUGAUCUCGCUGACCGUUCUGGAUUUACCGUUAGACAAUUAACCAUUGCCAACAUACCAGUUUGUUCCGAAGGAUGUGAAGCUGAAUUAAAAGUCUUAGCAGACUUGACAGCUUACAUUAGAAACUCAAACUUCAAAGCUAGUCCUCCCCCAUCUCAAAAGGUUAUGAGCUCCUUUGACGCUUCUCAAGCGCCAAAUUUCAAACAAUUUCUCUACAAAAGUGAAUUGGAUUUUUGGAUAUACGGUCUUAUUGGGCAAAUUAACAGCUGCGGCCGGAGUUUUUGGAACAACUAUAUCUAUAAGCCAAUUGUUGGCCAUACUGCCCUUCAGCUUGGUUACGGUAUCAGGUUUGAGAGGGCCCUUGAUGAACUACUCAAGGCUUACAUUUUAAAAACCACGCCUGCAGCUAACCUGGCUGCAGCUGAACAGGCCCGGUGGGACACGUCGCCCGAGUUUCUAAAAACUCCACCUAUGGAUUCGGCGUCUGUGCGGGAAGAAGCCAUGGGGGUCCUAUUUGAACCAGGAAAAAGAAUGGCCCGUAUAGAUCCCGAAAUCCUAGAGCCCGCCGACCUGGGGCGAGUGCUCUCAUUUUACCAACGUCUUAAUCAUAUUGGUUUGCGCAUAUCCCCAAGCCCUGAGCUUAACAUUGUAUUUGCGAUGACGCAAGCUAUCUCAGUAGGAGUUCCAGGUCCUAGUUAUUUCUCCGGGCUCACCAGCAGUGAAAUUGAAACCAAAAUACAAGCUACUGUUACUGAAGCUUCCAAGUGGGCCUCUGUAGUGGAGCAAUAUUUCUUUAACAACCCAGAUGGCACCUUUCAUCGUGACCUUAUCUUAGCAGUACUGAAUAACAACAAGGUUUCAGCAGCUGCUCGCGAAGAUCCUCAGAGUCAUCUCUGGGGGAUUACCAAGUUUGUCGACAUUUUCAAGUCAAGAUCUGGAGGAUGGAGCCCCUGUGAUUCAGUUGAAAUCCCAGCGCUAGUUGAAGCAACUUCUGCAGCCUUCGUAAAAGGUCGAAGAAUUAUUGACGGUUCAACAAAAGUGGUGCCAAAGCAGGAACCCAAGCAAGAACCCAAGCAGGAAUCCAAGCAGGAAACCUCGAAGAAAGCUGGCCACUCUGAUACCAAGCAAGGAAAAGGGAAGCAGUGGUCCAAGGGGUCCGGUGGCAACAAGAGGCGCAACAAUGAAGACAAGCAAGCUAGAAAGUCGAACUCUGAUGGUCAAAACAGAGUUGCUGCCUUGAAAGCUACCGAAUAUCUUGAGGUGGCUCGCGACGAUGUUGAAACUCUUUGCUCGGUUGCUCGGGCUAUCCAAGACGUAUUUGAUAAUGACGGCGGAAGCAGUGAUUAUUCGCCAGUUGCUUUUCUUCCACCUGCCAACCAAAUCGCCUCUGUGGGUGAAACAAAUCUUCCAAAUGUUCUUGAUUCUGGAAAUGCUACUGGUCAUCUUAUCUCAGACAACAGUUACUUUGUGUCGUAUGAGAAAUACAGCAGCCCCAAAACCAUCAGCUCCUAUGGUGGUGACGGUGGCACCAAUAUUUGCCAUAUUGCUGACGCACUUUAUUUUCCUGCUGGGUCUAGCAAUUUGUUUUCUGAUUCUGUCUGGCGCACGCACGAUGUUUCUUUUCAUACGGUCCCAAGUGGGGACUGUCUGGCCUAUUUUGGUGAGGAAAAGGUUGGUAGGGUUGGUGGUGCCAGAGAUGCCAAGUCUCACAUUUGUGCCAACAUUGUUCCGGUAAAGUUUACUAGGAAUAUCGUACCUCCAACUGGCUCCUUCAAGUUCUCAGGAAAUUCAAUUGACUGGGAUCAGAUUUGCAGACAAGGACCAGAAGCUAUGAGGAAGGUUGAUAAAUCAGCUCUCGCUGUUGGAAAGGGACUUCCUGUCCUCUCACCGUCUCUCAAAUUUAUUGCAAAGGAGGCCGUGUUGAAUUCGCAGGCACUUGACUGUCAUGUUCGGUUUGCUCAUUGCUCUUUGACUUCGGUGAAGCAUUUAGCCAAGCUUGCUGAUCCUCCCUUUGAGGUGACCAAGCGUGACGAAGAGUUGAUCAAGGACUGUGUCAUAUGUGGCACGUCAAGAAGCAUUAAGCGGUUCACUUCUCCGGAUAAGCAUAUAGCUUCUGAAUCCACGGCUCCGUUAGCCCAGAUUCAUGCUGAUCUCGUCGGUCCCAUAGGUCCUGCCUCUUCAGGGGCCAGCUCUGGGAAACUUAUCCAGUUCUUUAAGCAGUUUGUGCCCAAAGCUGCUCGCCGUGCUGCUGACGGCAAGGCCACCAAGCUUAUUACUGACAAUGGUGGUGAAUUUAUCUCUGGCACACUUGGAAAAUUUUUGGCAGAUUGGGGCGUCAUUCAUAUUUUAACUGCUCCUGAUGAACACCAACAAAAUGGAAAAAUUGAGCGUGCCCACCGCACACUUCGUGAGAUAUCUACUAGAGCCUUGAUGCAGUCGACACUCUGGGCCAAUAUCUACUGGGACUCUGCCUGGCUCUACGCUGUGCAGGUAUAUAAUUUCUCCAUAGUUAAUAAAGCCGGUAUAUCACCUUAUGAAGCCUUUACGGGCAGAAAACCACCUAUAGCACUAGUGCACACAUUUGGCUGCCUAGUUUUUGUCAUUAAAUCUGAGUCUCAGAAACUCAAAGGGACCCUUCAGCCUCGGGGCGAGCCUGCUCUGUAUUUGGGUCCCGACCCGUUAAAUCCUAAGAAUUUUCUAUGCAUUACGAAGAACAAGCGCAUUCGGCGCUGUGUACACGGCAACUUUCGUGACCAUGUCUUGCCUGGCGUUAAAUUUUUUGGCGAAAAGCCAAUUUACGAGGGUGACAUUCUCAUUGACUACAGUGAGGUUGGAAAUCGUGACCCUGACUACAGUGACUCUUCCACUGAUGAAUCAGAAAGUGAAGAUGAAUCUGACUCUGACGACUACUCUCCCACUUCACUCUCUGGUGGUGGUGGUGGUAACUUUGGCUGGACUUAUGUGGGCUCUGAGGGAAGGAGCCACAGAUCCAGCAGAUUGGAGGACCAGGAUUCUACUUCUACAUCAUCGACACCUAUAACUGUAAACUCUUUUCAACCGUUGGAAGAUGUUGAUGUGGAGCUGGUUGCAGAUGAAUCAAUUAGUGUUGCUGACGACAAAGAUACACUUCAGUCUGAGGAUCAUAUAUUGCUCGAAGAUUCUGCUGUUGAUGAUGCUGAUUUGAGAUCGGUGAACUCCAACGUAGCUGGUCGCCCUGGUUCCGAAGAUACUAACGAAGAUUUUUCUCACGAAAAUUCAUUUUCUGAACAUAUGGUAAAGCUCCAGAAAGCCUUUGCUCCAGGAACUCACUACACAUUUUGGAUGAGGGAUGACAGUGUGGAUCUUGCGCUGUCUGGAACUGCUGAACUUAUCCGUGAGGCUUCAGCUGUUGAAACCGCGAACCAAUCUUGUGGUGACAAUCAGGAUGCGGUUGACUCAGAAACCAAUGAUGAAGACAUGGAUGGGUCUGUGGAACAUAUACUGGGUUUCGACGAAUUGGAAGACUCAUCAGAUUCUGAAUUUUCGUCUAGCGACGUUGUCAUGGAUUCCUCUACUAAGUUGGAGGAAGCUCCUGCGAGAGAUGUCGGGGUGCCGCAAGUUUUAGGUGACACUCAAGGUACUGCUACAAGCACAAAUAAUCCUGCCAGCAAUCAACUGGUUUUGGCGGCGGCGGAACUUGUACGGGCCACCACCGAGCUAGUACAAAAUACGACGUCAGCAAAUCGGUCUGCCAGAAUGGCUGAGGCGGAGCCAAGUGGCUGGCUCCUCAGGUAUACGGCAGGAGCUACCGGAGCUACCCCAGCGCCCUCCUCUGAGAGGCUGUUGCUGGGAGCUGGUGGUUCUGAUACUGUUACUACUGCUGCAUCUGGAAGUGGCAGUGAACUGAGAGACACUGCUGAGAAUGAUCGCCCACGCUUACCGCCUGCACCAUCUACUCAGAGGCUCCUGCUAGAGUAUGGGCGAGCAGGGGACGCUACAAGCUUUGGGGACAAUGCAAGCGACGUGCAGCACAGCUCCGUGCAACAAAAUCGACAUAUGCUACUUCCGGCUCCACCUUCGAGACGGUUGUUGUUGGCAGCUCCUCCUUCUUCUUCUGAACAUGAUUCGCAAACUGCUGGGCAAGUAGCUGUUCGACAAGCAAGCCAACACUCUGCUCCGGCAGAAGCCCAACAGCCUCUUGCUGAUACUGAAAGAAUUACUAGGUCUGCUGCGGGUGCUGCGGGUGCUGCGGGUGCUGCGGGUGCUGCGAGUGCUGCGAAAGUGCCUGCUCCGUCGUCCAGACACCGUCAUCGAGAAGCUUCUCGGGACACAGUUGUUGUUAACAAAAGAUUGGCUGAUUUGAUUGAGCAAAAUGGCUAUUAUGUUCCUAACAGUGCACUUCAGCGGCUGGCGCGAAAAGAAAAUUCUUCAUUAAUUCUAAAUCGCACAAAUCUAAUUACCCGGCCUACUGAUAACCUUCCACUAAAAGUAUCCUCAGAAAAUUCGACUUCAAGCUCUUCACCAAGAUUGGAAAAUGAAGCCACGAAUGAUUCUCCUACAACACCUUCUACUCCUGCUUCUUUGUCCUCGGAAUCAUCUGCACAUUCGGUGCCAGUGGUUACUUCGCCAACCUCCUCUGCUGUGACGUCUCCCACAUUAGAAAGCUCUUCUUCUCGUCGUGAUCAUCAAACCACUCCUCCCUCGUCUUCGAAUCGCAUGCUGUCAAUAGCACAACGCAAUAUCUUACGCAGCGCGGCUGAAGCCAUCUCAAGAAUCGACUUAGGAGCUUUAAGAAAUCUGCGAAAAAGAAAUCGCUCUGCAAGCCCAACCACUACAGCAUCGGGCUUACUUUGGGGCUCUCGCUCCUCUGAUCGGCACAGUGAUAAACUGAAACUCUCGAACUCUGAGUCAGCUUUGGACUCGGAACCUAGGUCACUGCUACAUGGCUUGCCACCUCGUGAGCGUUCAACACUGAGAGCCUCACACGGCCACCUCCAGGGUACACCGGAUCUUAGAUUCAACCCCACUCCCGAUGCAGUUCCCUUUCUUUCUCACACUCACUCGGCAACACACAAUGUCCCUACUACUUCAACAUCAGUGGAUGAAGACUCAGUCGUUAGCACUGACUCGCCGUCCCACUCUCCCGCCUCCACACCCGAAAUUGAAGUUGAGGCUACAAGCGAUGAAAUCUUAACCGCAGCACCCUACAAUUCUGACUCCCAGGGCUCAUCAGAACACUUAGCUGACGGCAUUGAUUUCUUACAUGAAACUUUCCCAUCAGGAGAUCCGUCUGCCGGGGCUGCCGACGAUGUCAUUGGCAUUGGCUGCAUCUACUCGAACUCUGAAGAACCAACUGUGAAAGCCCGCAUGGCGUCUGGAAGACUUGACACACUCAACGCUAUUAACAUUAAGCUUCCAAUUUUAAGAAAUGACAUCAAAGUGUCAGAAUCUAGCAAACCAGGUCUCUACUUUACGGCUCCUGAUGUGGAGAAUGUUAGAGCUCUCAUCAGCGACAGAGAUUGGGCCGAUCUUAAGGAUCGCCCUGCCUUCAUUCGAUUUCCGAAUGUGGGAGUGGCGCUGCUCGACCCUGGCAAGAAGCUAAAAAGGGACCCACGGUCACUUGCGGAAGCCAACAACAGAGAAGAUAAGCGCUUCUGGUUUGAUGCGGCCUAUUCGGAAUUUGCUGCCAUUGAUGGAAAUCAUGUCUACCAAGUUGUGCCUCUCCCGGCGGGUCGCAAAGCCCUUGGCACCAAAUGGGCUCGUCUUGUUGUUCAGGGGUUUCGUCAGAAGUUUGGUGUUGACUAUGUUGACACCUUUGCGCCAGUGAUGAGAUUCAGCACUGUUCGUCUCAUUUUCGCCCUAAGUGCGGCGAAGAACUGCGAGAUGCACCACGUCGAUGUUAAAAAUGCUUUCUUGAAUGGAGAUCUAGAAGAAGACAUCUAUGUCAAGCCACCAACAGGAAUUGACCAUAAUACCCCUCCUGGCAUGGUCUGGAAGCUGAAUAAAAGCUUAUAUGGACUGAAGCAAGCCCCUCUGUGUUGGAACAAGAAGCUUGUUGACAAGUUGGAAGCACUAGGUUACAAAGCUGCCAAGAAAGAACCCUGUCUCUUUACAAGAUUAAUGGCAAAGACUUCAGGCCUAUCUGGUUACUUUGCCAUCAAAGAUGAAGGUGGUGUUAACAAAUUCUUGGGAAUCAGAGUCCAGGACUCCGACAGGACAAUAUCUCUGGAUCUGGAACAUUAUAUUGCUGACAUGAUUGAGGUUUUCAAAUUGAGUAAUCAAACAGCUAAGUCGAUACCGUUGCCCAAGAAACAUGGCCUUGAUUUCCCACAGGGCCUCGAUGCUCGUCCAGCUAACCAAUCGCUGUAUCGCAGCAUUCUUGGCAAGCUACAGUUUGCUGCACAGACGGCCCGUCCGGACAUUGCCUACGCUACAGGCAAGCUUGCUCAGUAUGCGAGUGACCCUAGAGCUAUUCAUAUGGAUAGAGCAUAUCAUGUUCUGAGCUACCUCAAAGGCACCAAGGACCUGGCAAUUGUCUAUCACAAAAAUGUACCAGGGGCCUCUCCGCGGCUUCUGAGAGGCUGGUCAGAUGCCGAUUGGGCAAACGAUCCCGACAGGAAGUCUAUCUCAGGCUUUGCAUUCUCUCAUGGUCCCUCAACCUUCUCUUGGAAGUCGGCCAAACAGAAGUUGACAGCAACUUCCACAACCGAGGCUGAGCUGAUUGCCGCUUUCUCUGCCACGUGUGAGGCAGUUUACUUCCGAGAUCUUUUGGAAGAACUUGGUGAAUCUCAACCAACGACUGUCAUCAUGGAGGACAACAAAGGUGUCCUGGAUCUCAUGAAGGACAGCAAACAUCACGAGCGGACUAAACACAUUGAUACCAAGUACAUGCGCACCAGAAACCAUGUCAAAGCCGGCGAUACCCGUCUUGAAGCUGUUGCUUCAGCAGAUAAUGUGGCAGACAUUUUUACCAAAGCUCUGGCUAAGCCGCAGUUUUUAUAUUUGAGGAAUCUUCUGGGUAUGAGUACCCGUCCUCAAGUUGAGGGGGGAAAUGGACUUGAUGCAGUGCUCGUCUCGUCAAAUAAUACCUCCAUCGUUACGCCGCAGUCAUUUUCGAAGACUCGACGACGCAAAGAUCAAGAGAUUGAAUCUUGA